GAAUUGGGGACAAAGUCGGAAAAAUUAAUUGGUUGCAAAAAUAAUCGUGUUGAUUUAGAUGUACUGAAUGGGUCUGCUUACAAAAAUAAAACAAAAAAUGACUGGACUGCUGAGGUUUGGCGAGGAAUUAAAACAACUGCAUUCGCAUCUAUCCAUGGUGAUUAUUGGUUGCGACACACAUCGCCUCGUGUUGCGGUAACCACCUCCGACAUUUUGGUUCCAAUGGCUUUGGGAGUUGGGUUGGGUAUUCUCCACGCACAGAUUACCGCCUAUGAUCCUCAACGGCUCAAACGCAAACGACCUUCACCUCCUGCUUCAUUUAACUCCACUGCUGAUAUAGAACCUCCACAAUCUCCGACAUCUUUGCCAGUUUCUUCACCUCCACUCCCAUCGGAGGUCAAUUUUUCAAAUGCCGUUGAUUCGACACCACAAUUGCAACCUACCUCCACUCGGAAGCCAGAUAAAGAAGUCAUCUUGUCGGGAUCUAAUCAUGUAAUUGAGGAAAUAAACGAUCAAACCAAUAGCUGUGGGCUCAAUGCUAUUCGUGGAAAGAAUAUUGUUCACCUUCAACCAAAUAGAGUCUACCUUUCCAUUAAAAAGUCCUAUCUUUGA